UUCAUAUGGGAACACAUGGAAACUGUAAAUCAGAUCUUGACCCACAUCAAACAUUCUGGCAGAACAUUCAGUGGUCCAAAAAUGGCGAUAGUGGCUCCUGAAUUUGUCAUCCUCAGCCAACAAUGUACCUACACUGGCCAACAGCCCGAGCCUUCUAAGGUUGCAAAAAUACAGGACUGGCAGCCAUGCAAAUCCCUCACCAAAGUCCAAGCCUUCCUGGGU